AACCCUUUGUAGGCACUUUGUGUACACUACAAUUUCCAGACAUCACUGAAAACAAGCUCAAACAACAAACGCUCACACAGAUACACACAUACAGAGCGAUAAACCAUGCCAAGCAGUGCCCGGGCGGAGCAGGAGCAGGAGCAGCAGCAGAGGUCCUCCAACCACUAUUCAGACCGGCCUGGACCAAAGCUAAGGAUCCCCGCCUCGGUGGCGCAGGCGACCUGGCACCGGCACCGAAAGAGCCGCACCAGACGGGCCUUGGCGUCGGCCCUGGACCGUCUUCGGGUGAUGGAGAAGAUGGUGCAGCUUCAGACUAAGCGGCACGAUCGACUGCUGAGCAGCCUCCAGGAGUGCGGGGGCACCGGCAAGGGCACCCACAAAGGCACCCACAACGGCACCCACAAUGGCACCGCCCCCGCCACACGCACUGGCACUGGCAGUGUGGAGACCCUGAUCCGUGGCUCGGAGAAGGAGGAGGAGGCGGAGACGAGCGGCCAGGGCUGGCAGACGUUCAUGGACUCGGUGAGGUGUCGCCUGAACGUCAACCAGGUGGUGCGACAGGUGCGCAACGAUGCCGCCCUCACGCUGGACUUUGUGGUGCUGCUGGUGGCCGCCGCGCUGAUCUCGUGCGUGGGUCUGGUGGGGAACAGCUACCUGCUGCUGUCCAGCAGCAUGCUCAUCUCGCCGCUGAUGGGGCCGAUCAUUGCCGGCACGUUCGGGUCGGUGAUCGGCGACCGGGGCCUGUGGUGGCUGGGCUUCAAGAACGAGCUGAUCGGCAUCGCCGUCUCGGCGGGAAUCGGGUUCAUCUUCGGCGUGCUCGUGUUUCGCUUGGGCCCCUUCUUCGCCAUCGGCUCGGGCCUCACCGAGGAGAUCGUCUCGCGCUGCACCAUCCACGCCCUGGCCAUUGGCAUCAUGACGGCCCUGGUCUCGGGCGCCGCGGGAGCCAUCGCCGUUUUGGGCGGCAACACCGGCUCCCUGGCGGGCGUCGCCAUCUCGGCCUCACUGCUGCCGCCGGCGGUGAACGCGGGCCUGCUGUUCGCCCUGGCCCUGGGCGCUCGGGUCCUGCACCGCGACCACGAGCUCAUCCAGACCCUCGGCAAGCACCACGAGUACUCGAACAACCUGGAGACCGAGCUGCUGGUCUGCGCUCUGGUCAGCAUGGCCCUGGCCCUCGUGAAUGUCGUCUGCAUUUGGGUGACGGGCGUGAUCGUGCUGCUCAUCAAGGAGGUGACGCCGGCGGUGCAGCGGAACCAGCAGUUCUGGCGCCACGACGUCCGUACCGCCCGCAGGGCGGCGCACCGGGAUCCGGCCCUCCAGGAGGCCAUCAACCGGUGGGACGAGCGGAGCCAGAGCCAGCUGGACUUCGGUGCGGACAUCGACCUGGAGGCCCCGCAGUACCAGAACACCUGGUCGCCCGGCAUGGACCGAAUGCCCAUCAGGGAGCAUCUGCAGAGCAACUACCACACGGUCCACGGCUUCCAGGAGCUCUGCUUCACCCUCCAGAAGCUCAAGCAGGAUCAGACUCUGGGCGGCCAGAGGGCGACCUCCACGGGGCCCACUGUAAUGGAGCUGUUCGCCAGCAUCAAGCAGGACAAGAGGGAGAGAGAAGUCAGCAAGGCAAAGGCCUCCUGCUCCGAGACAGUCCUGACCGGCAGGAGCGGUACCAGCCGUGGGCAUGGAGCCUCGAUCUGCCCUCCAGAUCGUCCGCUGCGCCUGCUGCCCAUCGGCAGGGCACCCAUCGAGAAGGAGGAGGACGAAUCGGAAGCUUAGCUCUGGUUUGCUCUGGAAAUUGUAGCUAACCAUGGGACGGUAGCCGACUUCUGCAAAGCAACUACUUUCUGUCGCAUUAUCUUGUUUGAAAUGCUCCCUCUAAAGGCCAUCUUCCAUGUGAAAGUUGAAUCUCUA